UGAGUUUUGAUGAAUUCUUAAUCUCUUCUACGAACUUAGAUCUAAAACAAAAGGCAGAUUCUAUGACCAAAGAACAAGAAAAUAUAAUUUGUUAGUUAAACUUCUCUUAAUAAAACUUGUUUAUUAUCUGCAUCCGUUUGAGUUAACUCCCCUUCUGAAUAUUCAUCCACAUAUAAGUUGGUUUGGACAAUGGAAUUGUGAAAGGUGUUAGUUUUUUUAUCAUUCAUUUGGUAAACAUUUCUACAAAGAAGACGUGAAAUUUUGAAAACAAUAUGAAGAGGGCUAUCUCGGUGGGAUCUUUAGAGGGAAGAGGUGUGAUAGAACUCGAAAACGCGAGCUUACUUAAUCCUUCUUCAUUUCCUAAAAAAGAUGCAUCAUUUGGAGAAGAAGAUUCACCAAUUGAUCAUGAGUAUAGGAAUUUCUCACAGGAUGUAAUAAAAAUUAAGAUGCUUAGUAGCAUAAAACUUGUAAUCCUUUCAACCAAGAUAAACUUACUCCUGCCUUUUGGUCCCAUGGCAAUUUUGGUAGAUAAAUUGUUUCAUAGUCAUGGUUGGGUCUUUCUUUUUAGCUUAUUAGGCAUUAUACCCUUGGCAGAGCGUUUGGGAUAUACGACUGAGCAACUAGCUUUCUUUACUGGACCUGCGGUUGGUGGUCUUUUAUACGCCACAUUUGGAAAUGCAACAGAAUUAAUUAUAUCAAUUCACGCCCUCAAAAGUGGAUUGGUUCGUCUUGUUCAACAAUCGCUACUCGGUUCAAUUUUAUCUAACCUAUUGUUAGUGCUUGGAUCUGCAUUAUUUGCUGGUGGAUUAGUAUUUCAUAAGAAGGAACAACUAUUUAACCAUGCAGAUGCAAACGUGGAUUUCGGAUUAUUAUUGAUGGCGGUAAUGGGACUGUUAUUUCCAGCAAUUCUCCAUGCUACACAAACAGAAUCAGAAUAUGGGACAUCUCAGUUAUCUCUUUCAAGAUUUACUAGUUGCAUUAUGCUUGUGGCAUAUGCUUCCUAUGUAGUGUUUCAAUUGAAGAUUCAGAAGAAUUUAGAACUUUCAGUUCAUGAGGACAAGAAUUUCAAUGAAGAUGCUUCAAAUGAUGCAGAAACUCCUGAGAUUUCAAUGUGGGAAUCAAUGAUAUGGAUUUCAAUCUUAACAGGAGGUAUAUCUAUCUUGUCAGAAUACUUGGUUAACACCAUAGAGGGGGCAUCAAAACAGUUUCAAAUGCCAGUGUCAUUUCUUAGUGUUAUUCUUCUUCCAGCAGUAGGGAAUGCUGCUGAGCAUGUUGGAUCUGUUAUGUUUGCUAUCAAAGACAAACUUGACAUAUCGUUGGGCGUGGCUGUAGGAUCUUCAAUACAAAUAUCAAUGUUUGUGAUUCCAUUUUGUGUGGUCGUUGGAUGGACGAUUGAAUGUCCUAUGGACUUGAAUUUUAAGCCUUUCGAGACAACUUCACUUUUCAUGUCAGUUAUCAUAGUUGCCUUCAUGUUGCAAAAUGGAACUUCAAACUACUUCAAAGGGAUUGUGCUUAUUCUUUGCUAUUUGAUAGUUUCUGCAAGUUUUUUUGAACAUAUUGAUCCUAUGUUAGUUGAAGAUAAUCCCUCGACUGCCGGUCCAUAAGAAUCAGUUGCCUUUAAGGUCUCUCUUGUUUUCUUUUCUCCCAUUUCUGAAACGAAGGAUUGGUUUUGCGACUUCGUGGUAAAAUAUCAAGUUAAAGAAUCUUCAAGACCAUAGGCUAAAGUCGAAAAUAAGAUAUGUAUAUCUAACAGAGGAAAUCACAUCACAAAUUAAGAAGCUCAUGAAUAUUGUUCCAGCUUACUGAUGUUAAACAUUGGUAGAUUUUUCGACUUGUCCCCGCUUAAGGUUUAUUUUGCACCAUUGAGUUGUUGGCUAUCUACAUUUGAUACUCUAUUCUUUUUAUGUACUACUUUCCAAUACUGAAACAAGAUGAUAGGCAACUGUACUUGUAUAAAAUAAAAAUGAUAGGCAAGUGGCAACUGUAGUAACUAGUAACCAAAAUCCAUGUUGUACUCAUGUUCAGUAUUAUAAAUUACAUCUAUCUAUAUAUA